UAAUACGGAUGCGGGAAAAUUUUUCCAUGUACGGCAUGACCUUCGCUUUGGUUAUUUUGGUCGAAACAAUAAUAUGUCAUUUUGGACUGCAUCAUAACACAUGUCUCAGGUAGUGCGGUUUCGCCUUCCUUACCAGACACAAAUGUCUUGUUGUGAACCGCAAAAAAAUUAGACAGCGCAUGGUUUUCAUUUUAAAAAUUGUAUAUGUAUCUGGACUCCGAUGAAUAUUUCACACGUCUUCUGGAAGUAGGGACGACCGCUAAUGACGUAGCGCUUUACCACGAACCAAGAUUUUGAUGAGCGACGCGGUGUGGACGGUCCUGCUCUUCCGCAACUCUUCAAAACAUAUCCGUGACGUUUCCUCGUGUACUCUUAUAUAAACAAAACUGACUUUCAGCAUUUUGCAUUUUUCAACUGAAGAGGUUUAAAACAAAUAAGCGAUAUUCGACUAUUGUUAGGGUCUAGCCUGUUGAAACUACAAUAUAUCUAUUCAGUGCAACAGACAGGUAGAAAUUAUGUCAGUAGGCCUAAACUCCGGUUUAUUUAUCGUGGUAAUCUGGAGUACAGUCGUGAGUGUGGCAUUUUCAAAGUCAUAUUACUCGGUCUAUGGAUACGCAUCAUGUCACUCCUGCUGCCCCGUAGUAGACGAUAUUCAGCAAUCUCCUUGCUCCAGCAUUAAUCUCCAACUUACUAAGAAGCAAGAGGCUCAAAUUCAAAUUGUUAAGCCUAGAUUCAAGCAAUACAAAAAGAAGCUAUUGAAUGGAAAACGUCCAAAUGUAACUGUGGUUAGCUUUGAGGAUGACGAUCAAAUUGAGAAGAUCCUCGAAAGAUUCGGGGAUAUGUUUAAGGACAAAAAACCAGACAAAAUCCCUAAAACUACGAUUCCGAAACCUGGUAAACAAAAGCCAACGCCAAAGCCAACUCCAGCACCCACUCCAAAUCCCGUAGCACAGGGUGAUGACGGUGUGCAGGGUGUUCCCUACCAAGCACCACCGUGGUAUUUAGACGCCCUCUUGAAAUCAAAGCCUACUAUUAAGCCGGGAAGUUCAUGGAAAUAUUAUUCAUCAAGAUCAUCUAUACGCACAGUCAAGACUCUGCCGGGGAAAGUUAGCGUAACGCGGACCAUUGUAUCUGGAAAGCGAAAGAAGCGUGCAGCAAGUAAGCCGAUUGAAGUGUGUCCCCGACGGGAGGCUUGGCAGGAUUUGAACCUGGCACUUAAUACCGAGGGGAAGUUAGUGCAGAUUGUUCAGCUCCCAUCUAAAGGCCAAAACCAGUGGAUUUUAGAAGAAGUCUGUUCCAAGAAAGUGUCACCAAUUCUGCCGACGAAAGUGGUAUGUGGAGUCCGUUCACGUGUCGUCAAUGCUGUCGUUGUACCUUUAAGCGGAACCAAGAAUGCCGGUGAAAUACAAGUGCAAGAAAUCCAAGUACAUUGUUGUGCUGGCUUCUUCAUGCCUUGAUGUUUUUUUGUUUUUUUCCCCCAGCAAAUAUCUAUUAAAUUAAAAACACAGAGAUCAUUGAUACGUAUUGAAAGUUAGCCUGGGAUCAUGUUAUUGUAUGUGGGACGAUGGUAGAAAAUAUGAUGAAUGAAAUACAGCACUGUACGAUGAUGUAUAGCAUCUUUGUAAAAUGGACUUUAAUUAAGGGGUGUUUUGAAAACACUUAUUCUAGAAAAUCAGUUUAUUAUUCAGAAUAAUAUAUUACAUGUGCUUGCCCCUGCUAACAAUUUCACGUUAUAAUUAAUGUUACAAUGUGGUGUAGAACCAUAAAGCCUGUUUUCCAGUAGGUGAAUUUAUUAGCGCGAAUCGAAAGCGUCGGUUCAUGCACACGCGCAUUCAUAUUUUCCUAUCGGAGUUUUUACGAAGCGAAAAACUGGGCAAUCAAUCAGAGCUCAGGAAGAGAACCGACGCUUUGAUUCGCGCGAAUAAAUUCGCCUAUUGGAAAACCAGCUUAAAGACGCAUUUAUGACGUGAUUUCACUACCAAUUAAUGUUUGCGGCAAUGAUGUGUAACAUUAUUUUUUAACAUAUCUAACUACAACGUUUUGUUUUUGCUGGUGCAUUAACAGGCGAUGGAAUCAAACCCACGAGUUAUAUUGCCUGGAAAAGUAUUAAUUUUAUAUUAUAAUUUAUUAAUAAAGAAUGUAUUGAUCCGCUAUGUUGCAUUGCGGUUUUAAUAUUUGGGCUCCUUUGAUCCUUAACGGUAUGUAUGCAUACUGCCAAGUAAAUGAAUAUAAGACAGGUGGAGGUCUUUUAUUGACGUAAUAUUUUCAGAUCAAAGUUGUUAUAAACACCAAAUCUGAUAUACACAAGCCAAAGUAAAGUAAAUAUGAAACUUGACACUUUAAUUAUGCUCUUCCAUUCGUAGAACUGGGGAAAGUUUUAAAAAUCGAGGUGGCACCAAAAAUGAAAGCGGGUGGAGACGACAAAUCUAUUUAUUUAUUUUUUGACUUGGUCUAAGUAAAUAGCAAAAUAUGUAAUGCCCGAAAAUGUACGCAUUUAUUCAGUAGUGUUGUAGCUUCAUAGUUACCACUUCAAACGAUGAAGUUCGUUGCUGAAAAAAUAUCCUUGUUCAAAUUAUCGUCAGUGGGCAAACAUGACAGCUUCUGUAUUCCCUACUGAUAAUAGGUUAAGAUCAACAACUUAGGAAACAGAUGUCUGCAUCAAGUUCAAAUUUGUUACAAAAAUAUAUAAACCGCUUGCGUAGAGUUUCGUAUAAGGGUUUACUUGAGGAAAGCCCAGCUGAAUUAAAAUUGUAGGCCGAAACUUGGGUUUUUAGAAAGAUUCGUUUGAAUUCAGAGUGGUUGAAAGCCAAAUAGAAUGUGGGCUUAGUAUUGUAUUUUUUUUAAGCUG